UGCCACAGCCCUUAGAAGGAUCAGUGCGUUCUGCGUGUCUCCUCAGUCAUGGUAUCGAAUCUGAUUUGCGUAUCGCAUACCGAACCGUUGUAAGACUGAAACAAUGUCUCAUGCAUCCGCGUCGAGUGCUGUGUCAUGGACGGAUCUCCAGAACCAUUGGAACGGGCUCUGGCGGCUCCCUCAAGAAAUGUGGGACUGUGUCAUGGAGCAUCUGGAUCACGACGUCGCCGCCUUGGAGGCUUGCUGCCUUACAUGCAGGGCGUGGUGGCCGAUUGCGCGCAAGCUACUAUGGGCAGAUCUGUCCUUGCUACCCUACCAAGCCCGCAGACAGCAGCCACAGCUCCCGCCGAGACUGAAGUCUCUUCUCGUUGAGCAGCCGGAAAUCGCCAAUCUAGUCCGCGCCCUGAGCGUCGCCCUGUGUAUCAAAGAGCUCUCGUGGUUGACAGCCUUCCCCAACCUACGGGACCUGCGGCUUCAACCGAGUUUCAGUGGCGAGAGACAACCUGCGGCUUCCCUUCUUGAUGGAUUGCGGUUUCCACGCAUCAUGGCUCUGAGCCUCACGUGGAACUACUACCCGACUCUGGCGCUAUUGGAGCAGCUGCUGGCUUGCUUUCCUCGCCUCACGAAUCUGGACGUGAACGAACCGCAGGCAUAUAGCAGUGAUGCAACGAUUUUGCCACGGAAACCAUCGCUCACACUGCCGCACCUGCGCAGGCUCUCGUUCGAUUGCCAUACUGUCAUAAGGGCCGUUCCGACGCUUCUGCACACAGCAGGGACUUCCCUAGAGUCCGUCAAGAUUGUCGCCUCUAUGCAUGACCCCCACGUGGUCUUGGACAUCUCGAGGAACACACGGCUAGUGGAACUGGAGGUGGAUGUAACAUUCGUGCCCACCAUGGAUGAAUGGGGCAACUGCUUGGUUGCCCCCCUUUCCCGAAUCAGUGCCGCGCACACUUCCCUAAGGAGCAUCGUCCUGUGCCUCCACCGCUUCUCCCAACCCGCAAAUAGUCUGCGUGAGCCUGGGGAGAACCUCGGCCGCGAGCUCUCCCGCAUCCUGGAUGAGCUGCCCCAUGUCACAGUCACGUUCGUACCGAUGUGCGGUUCCGCGUACCUCUCUGACGCGGAGAAAAUGCGAAGUCUUCUCGUGCAUCACCUUCGGAGGCAGAUCCCUGACUUCACCGCGUACUCAACGCGUCUGCGCUUCGCAUGGAGGCUCACUAGCAACGACCCACGCGCGGGGGAGGCUCUCCUGCGGGCGCACCUUUGCUCGAAUAGGCUGAAGAGGCUGACCCUCGCGCCAGCUACGAGCUCGGUAAUCACUGCGUCUGAUGUGUACCGCACUAUUCUGAGCAGGAAGACUCUUCCGAAUGUUGUGCGUGCUCUGAUUAACAUGAGCAAUCGUAAGUAGGUGUGUAUUCCUGUGAAAAUGUGGCAUGUAGUAUCAUAGUCUAUGACAGUAGCGAAGUCACCUAUGUGUUUAUACAGAAAUCAAUGACCCGGCGGCGGACCUGCCAGUGCUUCCAGAGUACUCAGGCUAUUGAAGACCAGCGAAGAGUGGCGUUCACUGUCAAAAAGCGCAGGAUGAUAACGAUGCAGUUGAGCACUGAGAGGACGUACUCCGCAACAUACACUGGGUAGGAACU